AUGCUUUUCUUUGGUAUAUGGAAAUUGCAUUUCGUUGUAAGCAGCAUUGCAGAUGAGACCGUAAAACGAAACGAAUCCAAUGUCAUUAGAAAAUGUGGUGAAGGAAAUAAGAAGAGACGUCGUGAGAAAGUGAACAUCUCUGCAUGUGCUGUUGUUGCUGGCGAUGGUGCAUCAAACGAUGCGAAACAUUCAUCGAAUGAACGAUCAGCGGACUAUUUACGCAACUUCAAACCUUUACCUUCUCAUUCUCACAAACAAUUUAAUGCAAAUCAGAAUUGA